AUGGCCUCCACAAGUCAGCUAUCCGCCACCAUGAAAGCCCUCGUCCUCCGCUCCACCGCCGAGCCUCCUUCAGUCGAAGACCUCCCGAUCCCAUCGCCCACUUACGGCACCGCCGUCAUCCGCAUCCUCGCCGCCGCCACCACGAACUUCAUGAAACCCGUCUACACCGGCGGUCGACCCUUCUCAAUCCCGAGUCCAAUGGUUCCAGGCACCUCGGCAAUCGGUCGGGUGGUGAGCGUCGGGCCAGACUGCACUCGCGCGAAAGAAGGCGACCUCGUGUUCUUCGACUGCGUGAUCCGUUCUCGCGACAGCCCCGCCGACACCUAUCUGUCCGCCGUCCCCUUUACUCUUUCCGAAAGUGCAAAGAAGUUGAGGGAGCAUUUCGGCAACGGGUCCUUUGCGGAGUAUUGCCGGACUCCGCUGGAAAACUUGCACGUGUUGAACGAGACCAGGCUGCUCGGCGAUGCCGCACACGGAGGCCUAGGCUACAAAGUCGAGCAGCUCGCGUUAGCAGCGCUACUCCUCGUGCCCUUCGGCGGGCUGAAGGCCGUCAACCUCCAAGCCGGCGAAACCGUGCUCGUCGCUCCAGCGACUGGCAGCUUCGGCGGCUGCGGCGUGCUCUGCGCUCAAGCCAUGGGCGCCCGGGUGAUUGCAAUGGGCCGAGACGAGCAGCUCUUGGCGGCCCUGAAGACCCACGUGCCAUUUCCCGAGCGUCUGCAUACCGUGCAGAUCACCGGCAAUGUCCAGGACGAAGUGGCUGCGUUGACAGAGAUAGGCGGCAUUGACGCUCUGCUCGAGAUUGGGCCGCCGCAGGCUUCUCGCAGCACGCACAUCCAAUCCGCCAUCCUGGCGCUGAAGCAUGGGGCUCGAAUCAGCUUCAUGGGCGGGUAUCGCGAUGAUGUGUCGAUUCCGUAUGGGUGGAUUAUGAACCAUGGCAUCCGCGUUCAAGGGACGUACAUGUAUCAGCGUACUGAUGUGGACGAUCUCUUCAAGCUGGUGGAGACGGGCUCGCUGGAUCUGAAUGCGGGCGAGCUCAAUGGGAUUUAUCCGCUCGAGCAGUGGAAGGAAGCGUGGGAUGGGGCUGCCAGUGCCAGGGGCCUUGCAAAACUGACUGUGAUCAAACCUUGA